UUUUAGGACCAGCCCCGACUGUGCACGCGGAGGAGCGGAGUUGUGUACAUCUCGCCCACGGGCGGCUUGUCUCCAGUCAAGCGGCCUGCUCUUUUCAGCACCAACACCGUGUGGAUAGCAGCUCACCGAACACCGAGGAGGCCAGCAGCCCGGGAGGGGUAUCCGACGAAUGUGCGAGUCGUUCUCAGGGAAAGUUCAUCUCUCGGCUUACUCUCCGGAGGGAGACACCGUGUGGCUAGUUUAUUCUCGCCACAAGGCCGUUGCUUGCUUGAAAGGACAAUCUUAUUUGCAGUCUCGGCGUUGCUAAAUGGCUACAAAUGAAGGGAAACAAAGGUGAUAAAGAGUCUAAGUCCUAGCAGCUUGGUCGUGAUUAUAGUCGCGUCAGGUCUCCAUUGUGUGAGCAUCCCGCUGCUAUUUUCCACUGCUGCCCAAACCCCGGAGUCCCCCGCCCCCCCUCCAUCCCUUCUUCGCUUCCCCACCCGCGCAGCAACAACAGCAGCAGCUACAACUCUUUCGGACUCACUUUAUUUGGGGCGGGGGAGGGGGGGGGGGGCACCACGAGCCUUCCGAAAUGUGCUCCCGUCUUUGGUUCGUGACCGACCGACGUAUCAGCCAAGAGUAUCCCCAAGUUCAGAUCCUGCGGGCAUUGAAGGAGCGCUGCGCCGAGGAGGAUGUGGAAUUCCGCUCUCUUCUCAUGGAUCAAAUCGUGCUGACCAUCAGCGAGGGACAAUUAGGCCUGCAAGUGGAUCAAGAAACGGUGACAUCUUAUCCACAGGUGGUGGUGGUGCGGGUGCCCACGCCAUGGGUGCAGUCAGAUAGCGACAUUACCGUGCUGCGCCACCUGGAGAAGAUGGGUUGUCGGCUGAUCAACCGUCCUCAGGCCAUUCUCAACUGUGUCAACAAGUUCUGGACCUUUCAAGAGCUAGCCGGCCAUGGCGUACCUCUUCCUGACACCUUUUCCUACGGUGGGCAUGACAACUUCCGAAAGAUGAUUGACGAGGCAGAGCCGCUGGGCUACCCAGUGGUGGUGAAGAAUGCACGGGGACACAGAGGCAAGGCUGUGUUCUUGGCACGGGACAAACACCACCUGACCGACCUGUGCCACUUGAUCCGUCAUGACACCCCCUACUUGUUUCAGGAGUAUGUCAAGGAAUCACAUGGCCGUGAUGUUCGUGUAGUUCUGGUGGGUGGCAGGGUCAUCGGCUCCAUGUUACGCUGUUCCACCGAUGGACGUAUGCAGAGCAACUGCUCCCUAGGUGGCGUGGGAAUGAUGUGCCCAUUGAGCGAGCAGGGUAAGCAGCUGGCCACAGAGGUGUCAAACAUCCUUGGCAUGGAUGUGUGCGGCAUCGACCUCCUGCAGCUCAACAACGGCUCCUUUGUGGUGUGUGAGGCCAACGCCAACGUGGGCUUCAUCGCCUUUGACCAAGCGUGCGGCAUGGACGUGGCGGGCAUCGUCGCCGACUACGCCCUGUCCAUGCUCCCCAACCGUCUCACUCGUAAGAUGUCCUUGCUGUCGGUGGUGUCGAGCACCAGCGAGACCAGCAGCGAGCCAGAGGUGUGCCCCGUGCCCGCAGUUGGGGGCUCCCUGCCCGAGGCUGUGUGCAACAUGAGUGUGGGCUCAACUUCCAGCGAGAGCGACCCCGAGCUGGCCGAGCCCUCCCAGUCACCCCCCUGCCAAGCCACAGGCCCGGGCCUCCCCGACCCGGCCUACAACUUCAACACGCUACUCGCCAAUGAGAUCAAGCUAUUGACUGAGUGAGAUGCAAGCCGCCUGCAUGCACGAGCAAACACACACACACACACACACACACACACACACACACAUUUCCAAAUACAUGUGGAUGAAUGAAAAAACAGAAAUUCUUCCUCGUACUAACUCCCUCCAAACGAUCUGAGGCUGCUCCCCUGACUCCCUCUCAGUCCUAAGGGCUAAUUCAAGUAUUCUAUCUGCUUCCGCUCGGUUUUAACACCCUAAAGCAGCGGCGUCAAAUUCAUUUUUGUCGCGGGCACAUUGUAGUUAUGGGUUCCCUCAGAGACUCAUUAUGACUGUGGAAUCCAUCCAUUUUCUGUACCGCUCAUCCUCACUAGGGUCAGGGGCGUGCUGGAGCCUAUCCCAGCUAUCUUCGGGCGAAAGGUGGGGUACACCCUGAACUGGUCGCCAGCCAAUCGCAGGGCACAUAGAAACAAACAACCAUUUGCACUCACAUUUACACCUACGGGCAAUUUAGAGUCUUCAAUCAACCUACCAUGUGUGUUUUUGGGAUGUGGGAGGAAACCGGAGAAAACCCACGCAGGCAUGGGGAGAACAUGCAAACUCCACACAGGCUGGGAUUUGAACCGUGAGGCAAAUGUGCUAACCAGUCAUCCACUGUGCCGCCGACUGUGGAACCAUAUAAAUGUAUAAUUUCCUCAUCAUAUCAAUACAUAUACAGUGAAACCUCGAUUUUCUUAUCCCCUAAUUUCCGAAAAAAUGUUUGCCGAAAUAUUUACCCAAUUUUCGUAAAUCUGUGUGGUUUUCUUACAGUUGAAAAUUGUCCAAACGUAUCAGCCUGCCAGCAUCACGCCUGACUUUCUUAUUUUAAAACGCUUGUCAUUUCCUAACAUUAUUAAAGGUUAAGACAAUAUGAAAUUUUGGUACAGAAGAACAUGAAGUAGACGCACAUGAUUUGCUUACGUGGGCCACAUGAAAUGAUGUGGUGGGCCAGAUCUGGCGCCCGAGCCUUGCGUUUAUACUUGCCCUAAAACAGUUUGGGUUAACCCUAGCAGGGUUUUUUUUUUUUUUUUUUUUUGGGUUGGGAGCUGGGGGCUGUUCCUUCUUAGACGUGUCAGAUAUGGUAGAAUACAGACUUUAGUUUUUCAGUGUUUAAGAGAGAAAUACUGCAGCGCAUCAUGACAUGGGGAAAAAAUGGAAAUAAAAUAAAGUAAAUUAUAUAUGUAUAAUGUGCACACAAAAUGCUAACUUGUGGUAAACCUGUAUUCAAAAUACUAAUUUGUAGGUUUCUGGCAGCACGGUGCUUGACUUGUUAGCACAUUCGUCUCACAGUUCUGAAUUCGCAGGUUCAGAUUCGGCCUCCCUGUGUGGAGUUUGCAUGUUCUCCCCUUGCCUGCGUGGGUUUUCCCCGGGAUACUCCGGGUUCCUCCCACAUUCCAAAAAAUGCAUAGUAGGUUAAUUGAAGACUCUCAUUUGUCUGUAGGUUUGAAUGGGGUUGUUUGUUUAGACAAUGUGCCCUGCAGUUGGGCCCUGCAGUUCACGGUCUCGCCCAAAGGCGCCAGCAUACCUGCAACCCUAGUGAGGAUAAGUGGGUCAGAAAAUGCAUGGAUGGAUAGGUUUAAUAUCAUUCCCAUGAACAGCUGGGACGUCUCACUGGCAGGUAGUGCAUUUGGUACUUAGGCCUUCAGUGGGGAUUUACUCAAUUUAAUCAUCCACCUAAUACCACCACUGUCACGCUGCAUUUAUAGAGACCAUCAAUAGCUUACUGUACAAAAACACAAUAUAAUAGCUUGUAACUGUACCAUGUACAUCAUCAGGAGCAAUUCAGAAUAUUUUAUUUAAUAACAUGAUAAAAACAUUUUUUUUAAAUAAUUUAAAUACAUCACACCCACCAGAGAUGCUGAUUAUAAAAUCAUUUAACAGCCCCUCGCUAAAGAUGUGUUUUGACUGCAACUGUGAAGUUUUUGGUGCGACAAACCAAUCAGAAGACAGAAAAAUGCUGACGUUACUGUGGGCCAGUUCGAUGGCCCCAUGAGGCGAAUUUGAAAUCUGAUUGGUUAACGAGACAAUGCCAUUGCUAAUGCAGUUCAAGUUACAUCGGCGAGCACGACUGAUUCUGAAGGCCCUGGGCAGAUUAGAUUAUGAGGGCAACACAUAAAGGCUAAAUGCUGAUUGGAGAGAAAAAAAUCUAACAUCCAGAUUCAUGCACUGGAAGCAGUGCAGCCAAGAGACACUAUACCAAAUGAAGUAGAAUAGAAACAUAACAACAAAUAUUAGAAUAUAGGUUGUAAAUAUAUGUCAGUGCUUCUGAUAGUGUUUUAGGCCAGCAAAGAAGGCCUUGCUGGUUUAUACAGAAUACUAAUUUGUGGUCAUAAAUAGGCAUUUUGUGCGCACAUUAUAUCUAUAUUGUGAGCCAAAUUAGAGUUUCCUUUGAUGUCAUGUCUGGGGCUCCGUAGAAUACAACCCUCGGCCGAGCUUAUUUUCCAGUUGUGUUCAAUUCAGCACAAAAGACGACACACACAACAAAGCGCAACAACUGGCGAUAGAACAACUGUGGUCACAUCUAAUGUAAAGCCCAAGAUGCAAUAAGCAUUUUACGCUCAUGUUCACGUCUUUUCAAGCAUUACAUGAAGUCCUCUUGACUAUGGCAAGCUUGAAAACAUUUACAGGUUUUUUUUGUUUUUUUUUUUUUGUAUGUAGUGUCUUUAAUUAGCUGUACCAGCAGCAACAGUCUGCCAAGUUUGAAAAAUUCCCUCAAGUCUAGCACUUUAUGACAAACAGAUGCAUUUGUUUCCUUUUUUGUCUCCAUGCAAGAAAAAAUAUACCUCAAAAACAAGUGACCUGUCACUGCUACAGAAUGACACAUCGUUGGAAAAAAUACACCACAUAUCAAGCAGGAUGCUGCACUCACAAACCUGCUGUUCCUUCCCUCUAGUUAUUUUGUAAAUAUUAGCUUCAGUUGUAGUUGCUGUUAUGAUGGGGGGGGUCUGUCAAUUUCUCUGUCCAUGAGUUUUUUGUUUGUUUGUUUUAUUAUUAAAAAAAAAGACCUUAUAUACUGUACGACAAACACAAGACAGAGUAUACUUUUCGGCCUUUUUUUUUUCCCCAGGAAGAUUUCAGGGAUUUUGAGAGCUCAUUGCUGCCAUGGAGGGGCGGCCAUUCCCGGCACCGAUCAAAUUCUGACUUUGUUCCACUAAAGUAGCCCUUGGUGUUGACAUUGUUGUGCGUUUUGUCGAUAACUCAGGGAAGCAGCCUGGAUCUAACCUUCAAAUACCAGACAUAUCCGAGACAGACAAAAACAUAACAAGCAACAAUGAGGAAAAAGUAUCAUAAGAUGUGGUGAAUACCUUGGUUAACAUGCACUUUUUCCCCUUGUUUCUUCUGUAUUGUUCCUUGUUUUCUUCCUAAUUUAUGCUAUUUUUAAAGACAAAACAAGUGGUUUGUGUGCACUAAUAAUGUGUAAAAACAAAAAGUGAAACCGC